AUGACGUCUGGUUUCUCUCAACUCUUAGAUUCUUCUAAUGAACGUAGAUUAUAUUCAAAAACUUUAUUUGAAAAUAUACCCUUGGAAAGAAAUGAGUAUUGUAUAUCUACUACUAAUCAACUAAAUAAUAAUUCGACAUGUAAUGAUAUCCAUCGUUUACAGCAACAAUCAAUAGAAGAUAUUUUUAAAACAUUAAUUGAUGUUCUUGAUGAAUUCUUAUUUUUCUUUUCAUCAUUUAUUCAAUGUAAAGAAUAUCACACAGAAUUUCCAUUGAAAAACAUAACCGGUGCUAUUGCGUUUAUUGGUCAACUUCGUUUAACACUACUCCUGCAGAUGAAUAAUCGUCAAGGACAUACAACCAAUUCCUUUCUAUUGAAUUUUUCAGAUAUCUCUCCAAUUCUUCAUGACCUUGUGUCUUUCAUUCAUAAUCUAAAUCAAGAACAACAACAACAACAAAAUAAAACUAUUAUGGAACAUUCACAGACAGUUAUGUUAAAACAAUUCUCAGAUCGUUUAGAGAAAAUCAUCAAAUCUUACGCAUACUAUGCAAGUAUGAGUAACAAUAGUUAUAGUUUAUCAACACCACUAUCGAACAUAUAUCCUUGUAUGAAUUCUUCGGACGCUGUUAACAAUUCGAUAUAUUUAAAUGAAAACUUCUUAACAUGUAAUGUGUCUAACAUGUGUAUACCAUGGUCAAUUUUCGAACCGAUGAAAAGUUCAAUCGAAGAAGAUAAUAGUUUAGGAGUGAUGCAUGAAAUAAAAGAUGAAAAUAUUCGUCAAAAUUUUAGUAAUGAUAUUGAUGAAAGUAAAUGGUUCAAUAGAAAAAAACGAACACUUCAUAGACUAUCACAAGAGCAAUACCAACCAAGUAAUUUUUUAAAUGCUCAAGUAAAAUUAGAUAAUAAUCGACAGAGAAUGAAGAACUCUCCUAAUAAUCAAAUGACAAUAGAACAGCAAAUAUCAGCUAGUUCACCUGGAGUAAAUCUUACAGCUACUAGAAAGCAAGAUUUCAACGAGAAAAGUGAUAACAUAUCAACAAAAUCUCGAAUAUUUCAAAAUAAAAACACUCCACAUAGACUUGAUCGCAGCCGUACUAUAUCGCGACAACAAUCUAUUGAUAAUUCACAACGAUCAUCACCCUUUUUGAGCGAUGGUUCAAAUAUUUAUAACUCGACCAGACUUGAUUCUAUACACAAUCAACUAGUAACAUCGAACACUCGUGAAUACAUGACACAUCGUGGGAUAUCUCCUCAUGCAGAAGAAUUAGCUUUAGCAUCACUACCAGAUCUUCAUGAAUCACAGCAUACACCUUCUCUACCGCUAUCAUUUGAAAGUCAUGGAUAUCGAAGUCCAUCGAGAAGAAUGUCACGUGAAAAUAUUCAAAAUUUACCACCGUUAUCCAACAAAUCAAUACAUACUCGACAAUCAAAUAACGGUCUAUCGAUGAAUGAUGUUAUAGGCAACAAUAGUAUAUUAAAUACUAUUAAAAGAAAUGAUGAUCAGCGCAGUCUAAGAAAAUAUAUGAGCCAAACUCCGAUAUCAUAUAGAAAACAUAUUGACUCGAUCGAUUCUUCAAUAUCCGUGACAUCCGCUAAAAAUGUUAAAAAUAGCCCGAUUAUACUACAUAAAAAUCGAGAACAACAUCUAACAUCACUUUUACCGAUGAAAUCAAAACAACGUAGUCGUAGUACAAAUCUUAAAAUAAAAGUCAUAAGUCCUAUUUCCAAUCAACAAUUUCCAAUCAAUAAAACAAUGCUUAAUACCGACGUUGAUAAUUAUUCCAACUAUCAAACUUCUCCUUCGAUAGAGCGUCCACAUGAAAUGAUACAAGGAGAUAAUAUUUCUCUGUUUGAUGGAGUUGAACGACAAGACAAUGAUGGCAGAGAAAAUGAAAUGAGUAAUACAUCACGUAGUAAUACAAAAUACAUGUCCACUAUUAGUAACGAUUUAACAUCAGUUCUAAAAACUAAAAAGCAAAAUAGUUGUAACCAUUUAUUUCCAUCUAUGGCAAGAAAAAAGCCAAAGUUUUGUAGUUCACAACAAUCGAAUCCAUCAUCACAACCAAGCAAUCGAGGAUAUUUCAAUAGAUUUUUGUAUUGCUUUCGGCGAACGAUUUCGAGGCGAGCCAAUCGAUCCGAACAUCAAAAGCAAUAA